CUUGCACCGUGUCAUUGGGUGUCGGCAACUCAAUAAUGUUUGCUGUUUUCACAGUUUGACAUUGAUAAUUACGUACAUCAUUCAUCCUAUACCUAUAGCAUAUCCUAGCUGUGAGACUCCGCAAUGGCUGACACGGAGGUGGCUGAUUAGAUGUGGCCUGCAGUCCUCGUCCUGCUGCUCAGAGCAACAUUUGCGAUCCGAGCAGCUGACGAGACGCGCGACUUACACCCACGUUACCAUGUGCCCAAUGUGACCGCUGAUGUGGCAAGCGGUGUUGGCGAGGAGGAGUUCACCUCUGUGACCAGAGUGGACCACUGCGUGGGUGCCAACCUGGGCGAUCACCUGGACGUCGCCAGCAGGAUUCUUUUGCCAAUUUGUGUGGCUUGGCUGUGCAUCUCCGUCGUGGUCGCCUUCAUUUUGCUACUUUGGAGGCCUUCCGCCCUCACAGCCGAGCCAGAAGCCAUUGGCAGUCCGCACCCGGAGACUGCGGACGCCCCGGAGGUCACGCAGAACGCAGGUGACUCGAAGACCUCCAAGCCAGAAGCGAUCAGUUGGCCUCGUGUGGCCUUUGACUCCAUCACCAGCUCGUUGGCCGGUAUGGUGGGCUUCGUGGGCUUUCAGAAGAUUGUUGUCGCUCGAGUUGUUGCUUUGAGUGAUACUUGCGACUUGUUGAGUUUGGAGAACAUUUUGCUGUACAUCACCGUCGCGCUCUCUGUGACUGCUGUUGUCGCCAUCAUCAUGUUCUUGGCAGUGGACUACUUGCGGCGUUUGGCGAUCCACGCAGCUCAGCGGAAGGGCUACCGGCUCACCAUGGAGCCCAAGGAGCUGAGACAGACAGGUUUGGGCAUUGUCAUCCUCCUGUUGGCUCUUGUGAUGUUGCUCCUUUAUGCCUGCGUCAUCAUCAAGGAAAGCCAGGGUCCGGAGGGCCAGGACGACCUCGACAAGUUCUGGGUUUUUGUGGAGAUUGCAGCUGGUGGGGCUACUCUAGUGAUCUUCUAUCAGAACCUACGUGGUUUGCACCGGUCUCCCAAGAUGCAAUUCGAUUCUGCUCGGCACGGAGAUCAUAAGCUCAACCUCCAGCAGUUCUUAAACCUGGAGACUCAGGAGGCCAGGGAUGCCCCGGCUCCCUGCAGCAGCUUCGCUAGAGCCCUGCAAUGGUUGGCAGGAGAAGACCUACCCUUGCUGGCCUUCAAGGGAACUCGUCGUGCAUUCUUCCCAGAGCAACCCUGGGCACCGCUGACGCAUGCGAUUUGCGGAUUGUUGGUCUUUGGGGUCUUCCCAUUGAUCUUAGAGCUUUGUGUCGAGCGGUUCUUUGCCUUCCCCGACCUGGUGGAACUGAAGAGCACCACCGGGAACAUCGCUGAGAUUGGAGCGAUGCAUGGAGAGGUGGAGAUUCCCAGUCUCGAGCUCCGCACGCUCUUGAACCCCAAGCCCUGGCCCAAGAAGUAUGUUUUCCUCGGUGCAGAUGUCCCAGCGAAGCUCCAGGUCAGAACCAGCUUCCACAAGACAUCGAAAGUCCGUCUAUGCUGUGGAGAGCAUCCAUGCAGCGAAGCAAUUUUGAAGCAUAAAUUGAUCAAGCUUUUCGAUCAGCCAGUGGAUGUGGAUGUCCCACACCAUCUUGCCAGCAAUUGUACGCUCAGCUUGUUGGGCUUCAGCAGUCAGGCGGUGACCAAUGUGAUGGUUGCGCUGAAGCCCAAGAGAGAGCACAACUUUUGCGACUGCUCGCUUGUGGGCUGCACCUGCUGUGAUGGAUAUAGCGGAUCAGUUCGCUUCAAAUCUAUACUGAAGAAACUUAUCUCUCCUGACAAUUUUCGGAACUUGAGUGGCAUUUGUGUUGCCGCAUCUUGUGACACAAUCCAGCACACUAAUGGCCAAAAGGGCAGCGAUUGUGGCUGCGCGGACGGCUUUGUUGGCGAUGUCAAGUGGGAUGGGCCAGUCCCUACGGGGGCUUGCAUUUGGGAACCUUGUGCCAUCGAAAACUCCACGUUUCGUGAUGGCAACUGCACUUGCAUGGAUGGCUUUGUAGGGCAGAUCACCUGGGAAAGCAGCAAGUGGAGUGGAUGGUGCCGCGCUGCUGAGUGCAAGAUUCCCAAUUCCAACAGAAGGCCAGGGAAGGCUUGCAAGUGCAAAGAUGGAUUCCUGGGCAGUAUUGAUUGGGAUGGAGGCCGUCCGAUUGACAAGUGCGAUCCUGCGCCGUGCGAUGUGAACAAUUCAAAUCAGAAGCCUGGGCCAAGCUGCCAGUGUGAAGCCAAGUUCGUAGGCGGCAUCACAUGGAACGAGUCCACGCCCGUUGGCACCUGCGAGCCUGCAUCAUGCGAAGGAGACAAGCUGAAUGGACUGCCUGGUAGGGACUGUCAAUGCAAAGAUGGCUACACAGGCGAGCCAGAGAAGCAUCAUGAUAUCUUGCGCGAUUCAGGCUGCCAGGCAGCACCUUGCAAGAUCGCAAAUUCCACUGGGGAUGGUCCAGGCUGUAAGUGCAAGAGAGGCUUUGAAGGGGUGAUCAACUGGACUGGUACUGUGGCCAGUGGCUCUUGCACACCGGCAGGUUGUGACAUUCCAAACUCUAACAAGAUGCCCGGUCCUCAGUGUCAGUGCUCUGAGUGGUACGAAGGAAAAAUCCACUGGCUUGAGCAUGGUGCCGACGGAAGAUGUACACCAAGAGCUUGUAGGGGCAAGCUUUUGAAUGGUGUUGCGGGGCCAGGUUGCGCUUGCGCAGAUGGUUACACCGGUCAUGUACGACCAAUCGCGAGGAAAGCGCAUGGCCGCUGGCCGACUUUGGCGUUGGAUGGCGAGUGUGAACCAGCACCAUGCAACAUGAAGAACUCCAACAACAUCUCGGGCCCUGAGUGCGGAUGUGCUGAUGGUUUCAUAUUCAAUGGAAGUGGCCCAGUGUGGAACGGAUCUGUGCUGCAGGGCAGUUGCGAAGCUGCUCCGUGCAACAUCGCCAACUCCAAUAGGAAGCCAGGAGCUCAGUGCGCGUGCGCCUUCGGUUUUGAAGGCGACAUCACCUGGCGUCUCCACCAUGCUUCAGGAGAAUGCAGGCCACUCCGUUGUGUGGGCAACAAUGUGAAUGGUGUCGAUGGUCCAGGAUGCGGCUGCAAGGAUGGUUGUGUCGGAACAGUUCAUGUGAAGAGACAAGUGAAUCAGACGUGGGACGAUUGGGACGAGAAACUGUUGAGCGAAGUGUUUUAUGAUGCCUUGGAAGGAAGAUGUGAGCCUGCACCUUGCGACAUUGAAAACUCCAAUCAUGAGUCUGGCCAAGCUUGCCGAUGCCGAGCAGGCUAUUACGGCGCAAUCACUUGGAAUGGAUCUAUGCCCGAUGGCCGAUGCAAACCAGCACCGUGCUACAUCCCAAAUUCCAACCAGGAGAGCGGCUUGAGCUGCAGGUGCAUGGAUGGAUACGAGGGCAAAAUUUCCUGGAGUGACGACCAACCAUCAGGGACCUGCGUAGCAACGCCUUGCCAAGUUCCAAAUUCCGACUUUGCAGCAGGUCCUGGCUGCCGAUGCUUGCCAGGCUUUUACGGCCAAAUCACCUGGCAAGGAAACACGGUUGAAGGAGAAUGCCUCCCCUUACCCGCUUGUGCCGCUAGCGUGGUCCACACAACUUGGCUUCAGGCUCAGCUGAACACUUCCAAAGGUCAUGCCUGUCAUGCUGGCCAGCAAUUGAUUUUCUUUGGCCAUGCAAGCACGGGUGCCCGGAAGAUUGAAUGGAAGUUCGCCCAUUCCCAGCCAUCCAGCAAGUGCAAAUGGAUGUUCUCAAGGCCAGAUGAAGAAGAGUAUGAUCAGUACCGCGGGCAAGAAGAUGGUGCUUGGUAUGAAGAUGAUUAUUUUUAUGACGACCAUGACUCUUAUGCAUAUGACGAUGUGACACAGCUCUACUCUGAGGUGGUCCCGGCACUUCCCAUGGAAUGCUCCGAUCAGGCACCAGUGGCAAGAUGCAAUGCAAAGUUCCACUACAUCAUCACCAGCAAGAGGGCGUUUCAGUACACUUGUGCUGACGGAGUUGAGACCCUGCAGAGCACUCCGGAAGCUGUUCAGUUUCGUGCUCACCAGUGUGGGUAUGACCUAAUCCAGUGGGAAGCUGCAGUCAUUUUGAAGGAGCCAGGACCACAUCCAUCAUUGCAAAUCCCAACCUGUGGGAUCAAAGGCCAAGACGGACGAGCAUCGCUUCAGUGUGGCGAGGUUCCAGAUGGUGAGCUGUUACCAGGUGGGUGUUUACACAUGCGGGAACCUGCUGUUUUCAAGUUUGAAGUCCACAAGGAUGUUGAUGUGGAGGGCAAACUUGUACUAGAUCAAUGGGAAACAUGGUCGCAGCUGUACGUUGUGAAGUUCUUUGACAACGGCUGGUCUGCUAUUCACAGUCACGAUGAGACAGUAUCAUCCAACUGGAGCACCUCGUUUUGGUGGACUGACGGAAAGUACUUCUCUAUGAAUUUGCCUGGUUGGACAGGCUCAUUGGAAGAGGGCGACUUUGUCGGCCAAAGAACGGAAGGGGGCACAUAUCUUGGUCCCUCAGGCCAGUUCAGGCUCAGAUCAGUUGCUUUACCCUCGUGGUGGGCUUCGACGUUCGAAGGCCGAGCUGCUCGGGCCAAUGACAUCAACAUCGACGAGCUGGCUGGCUGCAAGCUGACGCACUAUCAGAAUGGCACUUGCUACCAGGUUGUUGUCAGCAGCACCGUGCAUAUCUUCCAGUCGGAGGAGGGUGCAUGUCCAAGAGCAUGGGGACGGAUGGAGGAUGCCAUGGAGGAUGCUGAGGAUGAAUUCUACAAAUUUGCCUACUCUUCCUUUGGAACUCAGACAUAUGAAAAUCCCACCACACACUUCGGCGAAGUUGCCUGCUCGCCCUUUGCUAUGCGCCGGCAGCUCCAGCUUGAAAUUCAAGAAGUGCACAACGGUACACUCUCAGGGGCGGUGGUGGUUGCCGACAUGGAGACACCCUGCCGUAAAGUCCUUCGCUUCGUCAUGGACGCCAGUCGUUUCCUCCUUUGUCAGCACAUUAUGGACGAGGAAUGGGAGGCAUUGAUGAAUGAAUGAGUGCAAGUCUGAAAAGAAAGCCUCCAGAGCUAGCAGCUAGCCUUGACCUAA